AUGUCCGGCCCCGAAAUCGUCAGGCACCCCGCCACAGCCGCCGCCAGCGCCACGGUCGGCGCCGCCUCGUCUAGCCCACCGAAGACGCGCACAGCCGAGAAAGAUCGCCUUGUUGUGGCAAGCGCCAUCGCCCAUGUCAGCGCUGCCACCACCGUCCUUACCAACACCACCGCUCCUCUCCCCGCCCGACCCGGACUUCACCAUCACGCCCAAGCAAGCCCGACGCCAAGUGGCGUCAGCCCAGGUCUUCAUGCCGCAGCAUUAGGUUCCGUCGCUACUGUGCCUCAGCCCGCACCUACCGUCCUACCGGCUGAGACAACGACGCUGCUGCCGCGGCACACCCUUGGCACAUGGCAAGCCGACGCUACCACAACCACGGAUGGCCCUGCUGCUCCCCCUCUUGAUUCUGCUACUACCGCAAGUACUACUGCUGCUGCUGCUACCGCCACCGUGGGCGCGGUGUCUUCUGACCUGCCGCGCGUCCAACAACAAGGCAGUGCGGGGAUCAGGCCGUUGCCAUCGUCUGUGGAUCUGGGAGCCGAGACUGCUACCACCCCGGCGGUGCCAACAACUCCAAGACACGACGACGACGAUGGCCGCCACCACACCCGUCACCGCCGCCGCAUGCCCAGCGUCAGCAGCCAGCGCGGACUGAUGCGCUUGCGGACGGCGGGAGCGGCGGUGGAGGCGCCGUCGUCAGCGCGGAAGGCGCCCUCUGCUUCGUUCGACAGUGACGAGCCGAGCAGCGGUACACUUAGCACUCACGGCACCCUUUGGGCCGCUGGCGGAAACAGUGUCGGCGAGCCUGUUAGUUCCAGUAGUCGCACGAAGCGCGGAACCGGAGAGAUUGGGCGCGCGAAGAACAGAGUUCCGGCUACGCCGUUGCGCGUCCGGCUGACGCCGCUAGCCAGAGAGCAGCAGCUGCUGGGUGGAGCGGACGAGCGCGGAGGGGAUGGUGAUGGUGAUGAGCAAGUGCAGCGGCAAAACAAUAGUGAGGAGAAGUCACCAUCGUUGCUACUGCAGCGGAUGAGGACGGGGUGUGGAGAAAGCUUGAUGAUAACGUUAUCACCGUCUCCGUCGCCGCCGCAGCAGCUGAUGCAGCCAUCUCCCUUCCCGUCACCGUCGCUACCGUCCCGUAAGCGCCGGAUGGGCCCGGAGAACGGCGGCGACGACGACGACGACGACGACGAAGAAGAAGAGGAAGAAGACGGAGGUCACGACAACAACGACACCCUUGCACAGGACGAAGCGGGCCAGAGCCAUCACCUGCAGCAGCCACGUAGUAGUCGCCGCCGCAGCGUCCCGCAGCCCCCGUUGACCAAGCGGGCGAAGCUUUCGCGCUCCGAUUUCUCAUCAUCCCCCUCGAAUUCCCCGCUAACCAUGACCAACAAGGACGCGCUCUCCUUCCCAACACAAGAAAGUGAUGACGACAACACCGACGUCGCCGUCCCAAGCACCCCAAUCCGGUCACGGAUGAUUAUGCAUCAGCCGCUGCAGCAGCAACAUCAAACGAGCACGGUGAGCAAGCAGCAGAAGAGCAGCAGAAGGAACCUGUACGCGGCCAACAUCGACGCCGGAGGCGGCUCCUUUGCGCUCACGCAGCUGCCACGCGUUGGGCCGCCGCCUCAAUCUGCAGAGCACGAGCAGCUGCUGCUGCGCCAUGUGUCAACAGCCUCGGCCGCGUCUUCUGAUUCUUAUUCUUCGUCUGUCGGGUCCCUGCCGGGGUUUCCGAGUGGUUACUUUUUCGGCGCUUUGAACGAGGCGGUUGAGGCGCUGGCUCCAUUCAUGGCGGCAGGCAGGGGUACUUCUUCGGAGAAUACGGGGCCGCAGGGGGCGGGGUCGGAGGGAGAUGGCACGAUUAUCAAGAAUAUGGUGGUGGAUGAGGCGAAUGAGGAAGACGACGAGAUUGGAGGGGAGUAG